AUGCCAUCCGACGAGUACAAGUCGGCAGGCGGCGGUGCCCUGCGCAUCAAGGGCGCCAAGGUCAAGAAGCACAAGAAGAAGAAGGAUAAGAGUGCUUUAGAAAAGAAUUUGGCCGAACCGAAGAAGGAGGAACCCCAGGAGAAGGACGAAGACGAAGAGGCCGAGCCAUCAACAAGCCGCAAGACAGAAGCCGAACGGCGGUUUGAGGAGGCACGCAAAAAGCGGCUGCUAGAGAAGGCGGAAACGUCCAGGCCGGAGCUCCUCAAGUCGCACAAGGAGCGCGUGGAAGAGCUCAACACAUACCUUUCGAAACUGUCAGAGCAUCAUGACAUGCCCAAGAUCGGUCCGGGCUAA